AACUGUUCAUACAUCUCUUCUCCACUUCUCUACCCCGCCACUUCAUUUGAACUUCUUCGCAGCACCAGUCCUCAUGGACGAUAGCCAGCCUCAGCCUCAUCCACAUUACGGAAUAGGUGUUAUCAGAGCAGGAGACGGAGCUAGACAUAAGAUGGUCACCUUCUCUCAGCAUACGCCACCAAAGGGACGACAAACUGUCAUUGAUGGUUUCUUUGAACCUGUCUCAAACAAAGCUGUACAACGACACUACCAGAUGGGCCUCUCCAUGAAGAGCCAGUACUUUCCGGACGAUUCGAUGCUGGACGAAGAUGUGAAUUUAUCUUACGACUUCGAUGACUCCAUGCACUCGUCUGAGUCUACGCCACAGGCCGUGCCCACGUUCCCAAACUCUGGUGUCGGAUCAGGUUGCGACUCCAGCUUGCCAUAUCGACAUCAUCAUAAAAACGGAGGGAUGUUUGAAGUCUUCCACGACGAUAAGAAUCGCGUGACAGUGCCUGAAGGAUUGCCAAAGGCCAAAGCCGCGCACGCUGGAAGAGGAAAUUUAUUGAGAUCCUCAAGAACAAAGGGUAAAACCAUCAAAACUGAGGGGCCGAGCGAUCCUGCAGAGGUUCACGCAGGUGGGGUCAGAUUCAGAUCAGUCCAGUUUUCCAAAUCGAUUCGCCAUGUUAUAGACGGAUCAAUUGUUGCGGAAGCACCGGAGCCUGGUCUGAAGGGAUCAACGGUGGCACUUGUCGAAGUCGUGGGGACACUGGUUUCCGAUAUGACCUACCAUAAUUACUGCUGGGAGUUCAUGGUUCGAGAUCCAACCUUGCAUGAGUAUGAGCGCAAGCAUUCGAUGGCAAUGUCUCUGGGCCCUCGUAUUAAGAGCCUAUCAAUCGGCAGCCCAUACACGUUGCAAUGUCGCAUGUACGAUGCUGAUGAUUCUGUCCAUCAGUACGGAUUUGAGAAGGAAGAGAUUUUGAGGAUUGUUGGAAUCGUAACACGCCAGGGCUCGUGUGGCUAUCAGAUGCAAUGCGUGGGCAUUAGAAGAGCAAACAUGGACGAGGUCAGAUUGACGGCCCAUGAGCAGUAUCGCGGUCUCGCCAGAUGAAUAUCCGUUGGACGACUCUGAGCCGCCUUCAACCUGCAAAACACAAGAAACCUUCCAUGAGGGAUAAGCACGAUUACAUACAUGAAGAUUAACAGUACACACAUGCAGAUGUACAAAA